ACAAACCAAGCUGCCACACUGAACUGUCGUAGCCCUGAUUUCUUUUCAUAAAUUGUCCUACAUAUAUUCCACCUCUAUGACGCCGAUAAAAAUUUCAUCAUCAAGUAGUUUAGACGUCUGGUUCAAAAGUGUCUGUGAUUCGAAAUGGCAUUUUUUAAAGACAUAACAGUUGAUCUGAAAACCCCAAAUGCCAUUGCCAUUGUUCAAUGGGUUGAAAAAAAUGGUGACAUUUGAUGAUACGUUCAUACACCGAAUUGCAUACUGAAGUGUAACAUAUGUUUUAACGGGAAAAAACAUAUGUUUGAGUUUACGUUGAUAGGCCAGUGUUAAAUUUCUGGAUGACAAGGCCAUCUAGCCGAAAUUUGAAUACCGAUACUACUGUAGUGGCAGUAGAUAGGAGUAGGACCUACCCCGAAUGACGGCGUGUCUCAUCGUGUGUGAAAACCACGUGGAGUGAAAACUGUAAUCUUAAUCACAAUCUUGCUGGUUUUCCUCAUUUGUCGACAGAAUUUUAAUUCAGUGACAGUUUUCAAAAUGGCUUCUCCAAAACUAAAAGCUAAGGGAUCUUAUGAUAUUGUGCAUGAAAAUGAAGCCAUGAACGAUGGCCCAAAAGCAGUGGAAAAUAAGCAAGAGAAAAUCGUGUUGAAACCUAAAAUAACUCUUCUGAAUGGAAUAACUGUAAUUGUUGGGAGCAUCAUUGGAUCUGGAAUUUUUGUGAGUCCCAAAGGAGUUAUUGGAAAUUGUGGCAGUGUGGGUCUGUCUUUGAUAAUUUGGCUGCUCUGCGGAUUGUAUUCCAUGGUUGGUGCUUACUGUUAUUCCGAACUUGGAACUUCCAUUGUCAAGUCUGGAGCAGAUUAUGCUUACAUUUUCGUAACUUUCGGACCAUUUCUGGCGUUUUUACGAAUCUGGGUAGAAUGUGUGGUCGUACGCCCCUGCACCCUAGCGAUUGUGGCCCUGACAUUUGCGUAUUAUGUGAUUGAGCCGUUGUUUCCAGACUGUGCCCAACCAGAUGAUGCUGUUCGACUUCUCGCUGCUUUGUGCAUCAUGGUGCUAACGUUCGUCAAUGCAUACGAUGUAAAACUUUCAACUAGAGUUCAAGAUGUCUUUACCUACGCCAAGGUGUUAGCUUUAAUAUUAAUCAUAUUGACAGGAUUCGUUCAGCUUGGUCGAGGGCAAUAUGAAGCUUUCCUCAACCCAUUUGAACAUACAGAACCCAAUAUUGGUAAAAUAUCACUGGCGUUCUACUCUGGACUGUUUGCUUACAAUGGAUGGAAUUACCUGAAUUUUGUUAUUGAAGAAUUGAAGGACCCUUACAAGAAUUUACCAAAAGCUAUUUGGAUCUCUAUCACCUUGGUAACUGUUAUAUAUGUAUUAACCAACAUCGCAUAUUUCACCACAGUCGAGAGGAAAGAAAUCCUAGGAGGCGCUGCAGUCGCUGUCAUGUUUUCUAAACGUUUGUAUACAGUUAUGUGGUGGAUUAUGCCUGUGUUCGUCGCGCUCUCCACUUUUGGAGGUGUGAAUGGUAUUCUCUUUACAACCGCUCGUUUAUUCUAUGUUGGUGGAAGAGAAGGUCACAUGCCACAAGUUUUAAGUAUGGUAUCUAUACAGAGGUUAACUCCUAUGCCUGCAGUCAUGUUUAUGGGAUUUUUAUCGAUGUUAUAUCUCUUUUCCUCUGAUAUUUAUGCGUUGAUUAAUUAUGUUGGUUUCGCUACGUGGUUAUCUAUAGGAGGUUCUAUUGUAGCCUUGCUGGUUUUACGUAAAACACAGCCCAAUAUAGACAGACCUAUUAAGGUUCAUCUAUUCUGGCCUAUAUUAUAUACAAUAGUUACUAUAUAUUUAGUAGUUUUACCAUUAUACGCUAGUCCUUUUGAAACUGGUAUAGGCUGUGCUAUCAUUGCCACUGGAAUUCCAGUUUAUUUAAUAUUUGUAGCUUGGAAAGGUAAACCAAAAUUUAUUGACAGAUAUAUGGAUUCCAUGACUAUAUGGCUGCAAAGAUUUUUAAUGGUAGUACCAGAAGAGAAGAAAGAAGUAUAAGCAUGCCCUACCCUAGGGUGUUAGGAAAUUACAUCUCAUUUCAUAGUCAAAGAUACCAAGACAUUGGGGGGGGAAAUAGAUUGAAAUAAAGACAUCUGAUUGGUCAGAUUUAAAUUCAGCCAUAAUGAUUAACCAAUCAAAUUAAUUGAAUGUUAACAUAAAGUAAUCUGAUUGGUCAAUACAAGUUUAUUUGAAUACAUCUGAAGUGAUUGACCAAUCAAAUUACCAGGAUAGCAACAAAGAGUAAUCUGAUUGGUCAAUACUAAAAGCUUUAAAUGUUAUCUAUAGUGAUUGACCAAUCAAAUGAACUGAACAUUAAGAUAAAGCUAUUUGAUUGGUUAAUACAACAGUAUUUAAAUUAACCUAGAUUGAUUAGCUAAUCAGAUAAAAGAUUUCAACUUUCAUUAGUUUUUUAAAAUAAUUUUUAACAUAAUUUCAUUUGAUGGUAAUAUGAAGGAAAAAAAAUGGGGUAAGAAUCUGAUCGAAUGCUAAGGACUAUAUUUAAAGAGAAUUAUUUUUGAAAUCAUGACAUUUUUGCACAGAGAUUGUAAAUAUUUCAUUUGGCAAGGUUUGGGUUUACUUUAUCACCAAAUUUUGAAAUUAAAUUAUGAUUUAUGAUAAAAAUAAAAUUUAUAUAGUCAAGUCCAGCAAAGAUAUUUGUCCAAUAUCAUGCAAGCAGUCCUUUCUAUUUUAAGGUAGGAUGGAUAGUAACAGAAACUGUACUAGUAAGUCGUUGUAUUAUAGUAAGCAUUUUUACUAAAUUCACCUGUCAGUGAGGCAGGUAAGAGGGGCUGACAUGGAAAAAACGUCUAGUCUUUCAGAUGGGAUGGGACAAUAAACCGAGGCCUCUUGUGCUACAGGCACAUUAAAGAUUCCUUCAACAGUUGGAAAUCAAAAAAGAGCAGGAAAAUGCCGCUGUCCUGGCAAAAUUUCCCUCAUUGCACCCUGCAUGGUGUUGCCUGUCUUCAUUAACCCACAUGGUGCAGAAAAGUAGAAAGUAAAACUCCAUUUAUUUUAUUUCACUAUUACUAAAAAUAAAAUGGACUGCUUGUGUUUUUUUUUUAAUCAGACAAAGUUCAAAAAUAUUUUGGCUUAACUUUAGUAAGAUCAGCUGUUUAUUUUCUAUUUUUUGUUGUUUUAUUUUUGCCGUGUUAUUAAUGAAAUGCAUUUUAAUUGAAAAACAUGAAACAUUUAAAUAAUUUAUGCGCAUGUCAAAUUUGUGACAUUUAUUCAAUUACCUAUUGGCAUGAUUAUUAGAAUUAUGCACAAAAGAAAUUAAAAAUUAUGAAUGCAUUUUGACUUUAGAAAUUUUAAUUCAAAGAUAAAAAGUUAUUUUUGAUGAUUUCGUUUUAAAAUGAAUUUUAUUUUUGGAAGCAUUUUUCAACGCUUUGCAUUUUGGUCAAAAAUAUUUUUAAAAAACUAUUUGAUGCUUCUGUUGUUAAGAAUGUUGUAAAUAUAUCAUGCCAUUUUGUUUGUCAAUAGUUUUGAAAUCCAGUUCGUGAAUUAAAUGACUUCAACAUUGUUGUUUGUAAAGCCUGUAGUUGAGGGUAAGAGCUGAGAUGAUUUAAUGGUCAGCGCUUACUUGCUAACCUCAAGCUCUUAGGUUCGAUUUCAACAUAUGUAGAGAUAGUAACUUCAGACUUUCACUAUGCUUUUAAAUUUCCCUCAUUGCACACUGCAUUAGGAUUAAUCCUUCUUCGUUAAUUUACUAGUACAAAUAGAAAAGUACGUAAUAAAUUUUUUAUCAUUUUUGUUGGGUUAAGGCAAUUUGUUAAUUGUUGUUUUUACAAUUCAAGUUUUACUCUGGUAAACAUUUUUAAUGUUGAGAAGGACAUAAAUUAUUUUACGUUUAUUUUAACAUCAUUUACUAAGAUAACAGGCAUUGACUCAUUGAAAUAUUUUUGUUUUGUUCAUGGAAAUUGUUUUAUUUAAGAUAAUUGUCUAGAUAUUUUAAUAGAGCUCUAUUUCAGCUAUCUGUAUAGUUGUCUCAAUAUUAACUUUACCAGCAGAUAGAGUUGUAUUUCAGCUAUCUGUAUAGUUGUCUAAAUAUUUACUUUACCAGCAGAUAGAGUUGUAUUUCAGCUAUCUGUAUAGUUGUCUAAAUAUUUACUUUACCAGCAGAUAGAGCUCUAUUUCAGCUAUCUGUAUAGUUGUCUCAAUAUUUACUUUAUCAGCUGAUAGAGUUGUAUUUCAGCUAUCUGUAUAGUUGUCUCAAUAUUAACUUUAUCAGCUGAUAGAGUUGUAUUUCAGCUAUCUGUAUAGUUGUCUAAAUAUUUACUAUAUCAGCUGAUAGAACUCAAUUUCAGCUAUCUGUAUAGUUGUCUAAAUAUUAACUUUACCAGCAGAUAGAGCUCUAUUUCAGCUAUCUGUAUAGUUGUCUAAAUAUUUACUAUAUCAGCUGAUAGAGCUCUAUUUCAGCUAUCUGUAUAGUUGUCUCAAUAUUAACUUUACCAGCUCCAUGUCAGCUAUCUGUAUAGUUGUCUAAAUACUUACUUUGCAAAAAGGCACUUUUGGUAGUAAAACUGACUGUUAGGUUUUAAUUCUAAGAAGUUUUAAGGGUAGCAGAAUAUUAGCUGUCAGCUGGUAAAAAAAAUAUUGUAAACGUAGUUAUUCUUGAAACCUUAUGUUGACAUAUUAUCUAAGCUUUUAGAUCUUCAUAAAAACUGCCAAAAUAUAUAAUUCUAAGGUUAUUUUUCCAUUGGUUUCAUGAUAUUUUGGCUGUUUUGGUUGUUAAUUUGUGCUUAUUGUUAGUAUAUCAGAAUGGUUGUUUUGGAUUCGGGUGCUUUUAGACGUAGCAAAUUGUACAUAAAAUAUUUUUCUCGCUUAGAUUUACUUUAAAGGCAGCUCUUUUUAAUGUUUACUGAAUGUUGGAUUUUAAGAAAAACUUCAUUCAGCUAAAAUAGGUUUUAUUUAGAUAGUGGUUCACUAUUGUACUAUUGUCUGUACAACAAGCAUCACCUGUACUAGUUUCAGACAUCACUCAACUCUUGGUUAUAUUCUAGAGAGUGAUCCACUGUUGUAUGGAAACACCAGAUAUCACCUAAGUCUGGUUUAUAUUGUAGAGAGUGGUUCACUGUUGUAUGGAAACAACAGGCAUCACCUAAGUCUGGUUUAUAUUCUAGAGAGUGGUCCACUGUUGUAUUGAAACACGAGCCAUCACCUAAAUCUGGUUUAUAUUUUAGAGGGUUCUCCAUUGAAAUGUUUUGCCAUGAAUAAUGUUUUAUGUGUUCUAUAUCAUUGUGAAUAAUUAUAAGUUAAUGUAUUAUAUUUAUGCUAAUGAUAUGUACAUAUAUUAUGUUAAUUAGGGGAUAAUUGUAUGUAUAGAGAUAAAUGUGUGUUGAGAAUAAAUUUUAAUCAUUAAAAU